AGAGCUCACAAAAGCAAAAAAACAAAAAGAAGAAGAAGAAGAAAGCAAUCAAUCUGUCAAAGAAGAAGAAGACACGAUGGGUUUCUAUUGGGCACGUAAGUUACUCGUAAUCCUCCUGGUUACUGCGUUCGUCUUCUCCGGGAGUGCGGAAGCGUGGAGCUGGAGUUGGGGUUCUGACCAGUCUGGUUCGAACGGGGGUUGGGGAUGGAGCUCCGGAAACUCUGGUGGUUCUUCUGGCUCGGGUUCAGGUGGUUCGGACUCCAACUCGGAUGGUUCAAGCUGGGGUUGGGGAUGGAGCUCCGACGGAACAGAUACAAACUGGGGUUGGGGAAGCAGCUCUGGCUCACACCAUUCAAGCGGCACUGGCUCUACACACAACCAAUGGAGUUCAAAGCAUGCCCCAUUCUACGUCAACGAUGUUCUUGUUUUCAAGUAUAACAACAAUGACCAAACCCAAUCCAAGACGAAGCACCAUAACAAGAAGAAGAACGACGUCUACUUGCUCCCAGACAUGAAGAGCUUCAAGAGAUGCGAUGUGGCCAGAGGCAAGAAGCUGGUGGCACGAGGAGGUUCAUCAUCAAGAGGCUUCAAAUUGCUUCUCCGCAAGGUUCAGACUUACUACUUCGCCAGUGGAGACCAUAUAGGCUGCAACCACAACAUGAAGUUCUCUAUCCACCCAAUUCCCCACCCUUCUUCACACUAACUCUAAAUCCACUUAGCUUGUUCUUUCCUUUUCUUUGAACUUUGAGUUUGUUUCUAUUCUACGCUUUUCUUGGUUAAUUAAUAUUCGUUAUACAA